UCAACAGACUGAAUUUCGACUGCCACCAUCCCAUGAAGAAACAGACCUUGCAAGCAGACUACACUGAAUAGGAGUAGCAGCUUUUAAAAGAGGGAAGUUUAUAAUACAGGGCACAGGAUAAAGAAUGGGAGAAAAACGGAAAAGACAGCAAAAACUUGGGAAUGUUCCACGGAUUCCUUGCAUUCGCGUCCCUUCCUCUGCCUUGGAGACUUCUUUACUGAAGGACCUAACCCAAGGGCAGCAGCGCUAUUUUUACAGCAUCAUGAGGAUUUACAAUUCCAGGCCCCAGUGGGAGGCCCUGCAGAACCGCUAUAUUCACAGCCUUCAGCACCAGCAGCUGCUUGGCCACAUUACUCAACAGGAAGCUUUGGCUUGUGCUGCUGUGCUUAGAGAUUCAACCAAGAGAGCCUCAGCUAAGGUAGCUCCCCAAAGAUCCAUCUCCCAGAAGCCUUCAGCCAUGACAAGAACAGGGCCGUCAGCACUACCUGUGGUUCAACGCAGGGCUAAAAGUGCAGGGCUUGGCUACCUCAGAAACUGAGGUUUUGCACAAGCUCUGAAACAGGUGCUUUGCCCAUGUACCCCGACAUCUAGUGGGUGCUCAGUACCUAUUUGGUGAAUGAGAAUGGGAAAAAAAAAAGUAACUUCUAACACAAACCCCAUACCUAGGAAUAAUCUCUCUCCCACUCACAUAAAUUUUACCAGCAAGAACAAGUAGAAGGGUUUAAGAGCAGUGGAGCUAAACAUAAACAAGCCUUUUACUCCUCAUAUAAUGCGUAGAGUGAAAUGACUUCUGAAGCUUUCCAAAUAAAAGCUGCCUAUGAAUUAGAACCUUCCAGAGAAAUCCCAAGAACCGUGAAAGGGAAAAGUCAUCACAGGGCGCCGGGUGCCCGGUCCCUGGGUGACUGCUGAAGCCACCCACUGCAGAUUCGGAAAAUACACAAACCAGUACUGAGUUAACAGUGAGCACGCGGGGUGGGUUUCCAGAGCCUAUCAUCUCAGCAGAAACUGGGCUGUGUAUUUCCAUAUCCUCCUUCCUCUCUUCUUUCCCAUCGAGCAGUAACAUUUAAUUUGGCCCCAAAUCUUCUGGGUCUUGCCUGACUCAAUCCCUUUGUGUCAUCUUGAAACUUGGACUUAUCACCUUGCCACAGCUGGGUUCAUCUACGGAGCUGGAGUUGAUCAUGACACAGGCAAAAGAAUUCGUGCACGCAUCUUUUCCUGGCAGCUGAAGAAACACUCUCAGCAGAACGAGAAAGAGCCCCCAAAGAACUGGUCUCAAGUCUAAGCUUUCCGUGGCCUCACUGGUUUUAAGCGAGCACCCAAGAUCAGACAAAUAAGCAAAACAAAACAAAACAAAAACAAAAAGGAGAUAACAAUGAAUCAAAACAACAUACAGUGGUACAGUGUUAAAUGCGUUACAUUUAAUUGUUAUUUUCAUCACUAGUGAUUUUUUUUUUUCUGUGUGGAAAGUUAGACACCAGUGCUCACAUAAAGUAAAAAAUUUAAAAAUGCCUUUACUUCAUCUUUAUGCUAAAUGUUCAA